AUGCACCAGAUUUUAGGCACAUUUAAACGUUGUUUGUCUGACAUGAUCAGUCAUAAUUGAUGUGCAGCAAAGCUCCUUCUAGCUCGAAAUGUGUUUUAACAGUGAUAGAGCUGGUUCGGAGUGACCAUGUGACUCUUUUGAAAUAAUAUUUUAAUGAUCCUCAUCAGAUUUAUAACGUUGACACACUCAUAAAGCUCAGAGAGAGCAUGCAUCAUUGCUAAAGCAGAGAAGAGAUUUUAAAGAACACUGUAAUGUACGUUAAACAGCGCGCGUCAAGAAAUAUCGUCUGGAAUUAAUCAAAAGUAUGAUCAUCGCUUUAAAAUUGGACACUAUUAUGCCGUUAGGGCUCGGUUAAAGUCAGAUCCCUGUCGUCGGUGCCUUUCACGGAAAGAUAACGAGCAAAUAAACGUCAGGAUUCUGAGUGGCCGCCAGCGUGGGAAGUAUUUUGGUUCCGCAGAGGAACUGUGGUCACUGACAAACAAGCAGCCGCGCUGACUUCCGCGUCCUCGAGCCCGAGCUGCUUCCGUGAAAGGCUUUUUUUGUUCUCUUCCUGACGGUCCAUCCAUCGCCUCGGGCCCUGAACUCCUUUACUCUGAAGAUGAGGACGAUCCCUGAGGAGCUGGCAGCGCUCAUUUCUGAUUUGGAACAUUUCCUCUGCAAAGGCUUAAAAGGAGAACUUCUGAGCAGGAAGACCAAAGAAAAGAGGGAGGCCUUCAUAAAAAGAAUCAAAGAGGUCAAACAAGGCUUCCCACAAGAUUUCAAGGACAAGGGUUCGGCUGACACAGAUGAGGAUGAGGAAGCAGACAGCAACAACGAUGGAGGAUCGCUGCAGUCUGAGCGCACAGACAAGGAAGAGGAGCCUUACGAUGGAGUUCAGCAGUCUCCACCUGUGGCAGUCCAGGACCUGAAAUCUGUUUUCAAGCAAGGGUGUCUUGAGAAACGGAGGAAAGAUCACAGUUUUUUUGGCCCCGAGUGGCAGAAGAGAUGGUGUGCUCUAAGCCAAAACAUUUUCUACUAUUAUGGCAGCGAGAAAGACAAGCAGCAGAAGGGCGAGUUCAACAUCGAAGGGUAUUCUGUCCAAUUGAACAAUACUUUACGGAAGGACUCAAAGAAGGACUGCUGCUUUGAGAUUUCUGCUCCAGACAAGCGAGUUUAUCAGUUUUGUGCAUCGUCUGUGCAGGAGGCAAAGGAAUGGGUGAAAAAGAUCAACUUCGUUUUGAGAAGCAUGACCGGUGAAAUCCCAGAGGAAGAGGAGGAAGAUGAAGAAGAGUCAAAUGAAUAUUAUGAUGAUGUUGGGGUUGAUGCAGCUAUUGAUGAAGAUCUCUAUGAAGAACUCCCAGAGGAAAAGAUAACCCCUCUGCCAAAGCCUCCUCCUAAGGUGGAGGUGUCAAACAAAGCCCCUCGUCCUCCUGCUCCAGUUGAUAAGAGCACCAACUACCAGAACUACUACCAAGGGUUGUGGGACUGUGACGGAGACCAGGCGGACGAGCUGUCCUUCAAGCGUGGAGAAACCAUCUACAUCUUGAGCAAGGAGUACAGCAACUUUGGCUGGUGGGUCGGAGAGAAAAAUGGAGCAAUAGGGAUUGUUCCCAAAGACUACCUGUUGGAGCUGUAUGUCCUGUAAUAACAGCUGUUUGAGCAAUCGCUUUAUUCCACUAACUUUGUGAACUUAAAGUAGUUUAAGUUGCUACUGAAAUUAUUUUCUUUUUAUUCUGCUUUCUGAUCUACUUUAUAAGAACACAUUAGAGGUUAGAUUAAAAACCUUUUCCAUUGUCUAUUCAGAACAGUUUCCUUCUUGUAUUUAAGUUUCUACUUAAUACUUUGUAGAUGUUUUUUGCAAUAAUUUCAUGUUCUGCAUUUGGCAAAAUAAAUAAAUAAAAAAUGUACACAAACGGG